UCUUGGAUAUAAGUUAUUAGUAUAAUGUAUGCUAUGUAUUGUAGGAAUCCAGAGAUUAACUAAAAUAUAUGUAGAUUUAAAGGGUGGCUGUUAGAAUUUUUAGUAGAGUCGACAAACAAUGGAUUUGGAAUGACGUAGAUGAUUUAAAGAGCGAGUAAUUCUAUCUUAAAGUCAGGUAGCCAAUGUACGAGCCGCGAUGUCUCAGCAAACAAAUAGGACCAAUCUAUUUAGUAUACAAAAUACUAAGAGAAGUCAGGACAUGUAACACAUAAUGUUAAGGCCAAAGAAAAAAAAAUGUCACACCCUAAAUCUUGUUUUCCUAAUACGAAAAUGACAUCUACUAAACAUUUACAUUAACGAGAUCAAAAUAGCUUGCGUAACCGUCGGAUACAAACUAAUAGGCCUAAUUCUUAGUGUCAAAGUUGUGACUUUAAGGGCUAGUUUAAUGAUGUGUUAGCGCUGAAGUUGAACUAUGUAGGGCCUACAAUGUAAGCCAAUGUAACGUGUACCCUAAGAAUGAGUUGACUCAGUAGGUGUGACGUCUUUAGAACACAAAGUCACUCUGCUAGUUCAAUCUACUGGAACAAGAAAGUGUUUGCCCAAAGCUCUUCAAAGUGGAUGUUUAAAAAAACAUAAAUUUCGCAAUGAACCGAAACGAACCAAAGUGUAGCCAACUCAUAGGAAAUAUUUUUGAAAGCAAAGAAAAUUUGGUCAAGUAUUGAAGCACAGAUGUACAUGCGAGUAUCAGAUACUGAGAUUAGCGUGAAGAAUGUCUGCUGUUGAAGAAUUAAGUAUUGUCUUACAACAUGACAUCGAUGAACAAUAUCAGUAUCAACCAGGGGAGAUCAUUCGAGGUAAAAUUAUCAUCAAGUUAUCUAGACCAACUGCUCUACGCUCAAUCAAUGUCAAGGCAUAUGGUGAAGGCAAUGCCAGCUGGAAGGAUGACUCUGAUGAUGGUGAAAUGUACCAAGCCAAGGAAGUCUAUGUAGACGCCGUGAAGGCAGUGUUGGAUACAACAAACACAGAGCCACUCAGCCUGGAUUAUGGUGUUCAUGAGUUUCUAUUUGAUUACCUCCUACCAGAGGCCAUUCCCAGUUCCUACAUUGGCAAGUACGGGAAUGUGACUUACACCAUGAAGGUGACAGUCUCAGGGGUGAAGUCUGGAGACACGUCAAUAUCCAGUGAACCUUUCCUCGUACUAAGGAGAUCCCCUCUCCCAAGCAAGUCACUCCAGCCCUUGAGUCUACAAACAACAAAAAGAAUGUGGGCUUCCUGCACGUUUGGUAAGCUCUACAUCAAUGUUUCACUCGACAAGCAAGGCGGAGUCCCUGGAGAGGACAUCUUCCUCAAAGCAGAAAUCAAAAACCACAGCAGACGUACUGUGACUGCCAUGCAGGCAUCACUCAUAAUGGACAGUUUGUUCAAAGCACAGAACCAUGAAACUCAAUUCAGACAAAUAGUAAGUAAGAAGAGAGAUGAGUUUGAUAUAGGCUACAUGGAGGGGAGAAGGUGGACCUAUGUCAGGCUACCCCUGCCACCGUACAUCCCAGAAACAAAACUGGAAUGUUGUGAGUUUAUAGAUCUGGAUUAUAGUUUUCAGUUUCGAGUGGAGCUCUCUGGGGGUGAUGAAAUUAAAAUGGAAGCUCCUUUCUGGGUUGGAGCACAACCUCAUGGAUUUGAGGUUCCUAAAGAUGAGAAAACAGGUUUGAACAUUAACCGCCAGUGGACUGUCCGAGGAACUAAAGGCAUUGACUUGCUUGACCAUCAAGACUCUGAGAAGCCCAUGGACUAUAAUGAUGGUUGGGGAGUUGAAAUAGUUCCAGAACUCAGGCCGGACUCUGCAGUUAUUACAAAUCCUUUAUUUCAGCAAAAUAUAGCGCAAGACUUGAAAAUAAUUCCAGAAGAAUCUAUGGAGAACACAAGACUGUGAUUGAAUCAAUUCCAAUAUUUAUGUCUAUUGUAUAUACUCUUUUUAUUUUGUACGGAGGGAAUAACAAUAAAUCAUCUUUAUAAAAAACAUCAUAGAAAA